CAUGUAGAAGCCCAACCCCUACGAUGAAGCACUGUCCCAACUGGCAGCUCACCUACUGCAAUUUGGUCUCUCUUUUACUUCUGUAGCUGAACAGUCGAAGCAAAAUCUUCGUGCCUCUUUUGGAACUAGGAAACCAACUGAAGCACCUUCCUACUGGUUUUCUUCGAAUUCAAGGAAAAGGCCACUGAACAAGAUGCUGUUGAAAUUUUGAUGUAUGAGAGUUUAUGUUUUGCAUACGGCUUGCUUGAGGUGUUGAUCUUUGUGACUUCUGUCACCAUAUGGAAUAACAUCAUUAGCUAAAUAAUUCUUUCGUUCCCUAUAGCAGUUUUUACUCGGAGGAAUAUGUUUUGCUGAAAGGAGAAAACAAGCUUUUACCAUGAUAAUUUGCAUUCUCCUUAUGAUGGUGUGAUGAGAAAGUUCCUUCAUUCUGUUUCUUCUUCAUGGAGAGGAAUUGCUGUCUUCUUGAACAAAGAUUCUCAAAAUUUCUCGUGAUGGGUUUUUCCUGCAAAGAUGAUCAAGUUUGCUGUCUCUUCCUUGAGCCAUUGUUUCCAGCUCUUAUCUCAUUGUUAUCCCCAAAGUUUUGCCCCCAAAUCUGGUCCACCUUUCUUCAAAAGAUAUUUGGGCCCUAUACUCCACUUGUCGGACUCUGCCAAUACCAGGCCUUUUCCCGAUUAUUCCCCAAAGAAACCUACCGUCAAGGACUCAGAACUUGUGCAUCAAAUCUCAAAUGCAAUAAAAUUACGCCGUUCUGAGCCCGUCUGUCGUGUUCUGAAGCCUUAUGAGUCAAAAUUUAGAUCUGAUCAUUUGAUUUGGGUUCUGAUGAACAUUAAGGGUGAAUAUAGACUUGUUUUGGAUUUCUUUGAGUGGGCAUGCUUGCGUAGAGACCCAAUACUCGAAGCCCGUUGCAUUGUUAUCCAAAUUGCCGUAGCUUCUAAAGAUUUAAAAAUGGCUCAUCAACUUAUUCAUGACUUUUGGUCAAAACCUGAUUUGGAUAUUGGUCUAUCACUCAAUUACAUCCUUGAACGAUUAAUUUACACUUACAAGGACUGGGGUUCAGAUCCCAAAGUGUUUGAUGUUUUUUUUCAAGUUCUCGUUGAAGUUGGGUUGCUUGAUGAAGGGAAGAAGCUCUUUGACAAAAUGUUGAAUUAUGGAUUGAUUAUCUCUGUUGAUUCUUUAAACAUAUAUCUUAGUAAAUUAAGAGACCACUUUGAUGGGUUUUUGAGAGCUAUAAAGGUUUUCUUUGAACUUCCUGAUGUUGGCAUUUGUUGGAAUACAGCGUCAUACAACAUUAUCAUUCACUCCCUCUGUCAAUUAGGGAAAAUAAAAGAAGCCCACCGUUUACUCUUGCAGAUGGAGUUGAGGGGCUGUCUUCCGGAUGUUGUAACAUACAGCACCAUAAUUGAUGGAUAUUGUCAUGUGGGGAGGCUGCAAAUGGUGUUAAGGCUAAUUGACGAAAUGCAAAGUAAAGCAUUAAAGCCCAACCCUUAUACCUAUAGCAGCAUAAUAUAUCUAUUGUGUGAGACUGGUAAGGUAGUUGAAGCAGAGAAAGCUUUGAGAGAUAUGUUGAACCAGGGAAUACUCCCUGAUAUUGUGGUAUACACAACUCUCAUAGAUGGUUUUUGUAAGCUAGGGAAUAUUGCUCUUGCGUACAAGUUGUUAAAUGAGAUGCAGGGUCGAAAAAUUAUCCCUGAUUUAUUAACUUAUACAUCUAUAAUCUGUGGGUUAUGUCGAACUGGAAAGAUGACAGAAGCUUGUAAUAUCUUUCAAGAAAUGCUUGGAAGAGGGUUGGAACCCGAUGAAUUUACAUACACAGCACUUAUUGAUGGUUAUUGUAAGGCAGGUGAAAUGAAAGAGGCGUUCUCCCUCCAUAAUCAGAUGGUGCAAAUGGGGCUUAUACCAAAUGUUGUGACUUAUACUGCACUUGCUGAUGGCCUUUGUAAAUGCGGGGAGGUAGAUACAGCCAAUGAGCUUCUUCAUGAAAUGUGUGGAAGGGGCCUUCAACCAAAUAUCUUUACUUACAACUCUCUUGUUAAUGGGCUCUGUAAAUCAGGAAAUAUUGCUCAAGCUAUUAAACUGAUGGAUGAUAUGGAGACCGCAGGGCUUCAUCCCAAUGUUAUUACAUAUACCACAUUAAUGGAUGCUUACUGUAAGACAGGGGAGAUGGAUAAGGCUUAUGAGCUUCUGAGGAAGAUGUUGGAUAGAAGGAUACAACCCACUCUUGUUACAUUCAAUGUGCUGAUGAAUGGUUUUUGCAUGUCUGGAAUGCUGGAAGAUGGUGAGAAGUUACUACAAUGGCUGUUGGAAAAGGGUAUAAAGCCGAACGCAACCACGUAUAAUUAUCUUAUGAAGCAGUACUGCAUUCGGAAGGAUAUGCGUGCCACAGCUGCAAUGUGGAAAGGUAUGUGCGCGCAAGGAGUGAUGCCGGAUGCCAACUCCUAUAACAUUUUGAUAAAAGGGCAUUGUAAAGCAAGGAAUAUGAAAGAAGCAUGGUUCUUACGAAGAGAAAUGAUUGAGAAGGGGUAUGAUCUUACAGCUACUUCAUACAAUGAUCUGAUCAAGGGUUUCAUUAAGAGGAAAAAGUUGAAAGAGGCAAGGGAGAUUUUUGAUGAGAUGAGACAAAAAGGGAUGGCAGCAGAUAAAGAGAUAUAUUGUUAUUUUGUUGAUAUAAACUAUGAAGAAGGGAACAUGGAAACCACACUUGAACUUUGUGAUGAAGUGAUAGAGAACUGUCUUGUAACUAAGCUCAACAAUGGAAACAAGUAGAUUGAUUUUUUGUUUUUUUUUUCUCUUUAUCUGCUGGGGUGAUGAUCAUGGAUGAAAUUGUGUAACAUAACAAUUUUUGAUAUAUUAGCAGAAACAAUUUUAGGUUUAAGUAAAA